UUGAUAGCAAGACCCAACUUCCGGGAUUCAGAUGGAGAGCAUACGAUUAAGUUAUAGAAUGUCGACUGUUGUGUCAUUGUAUUAACAAUAACGGCACCAUAGUUUGAUGAAAGAAAACCAACAUCGUCUUCUGGUUAAGACUCAAUCAUGGAACUGAAGGCUGAACAGAUUGAUGGAGGGAAUGACCGCCUGAGAUGCACUACUUGUGGCAAGCACCUGUCUUCCCCAGCCAGCCUCCUUGAACAUCAGCGCACACACACAGGUGAACGUCCUCAUGGCUGCAAUGUGUGCAAUAAGCGAUUCACACAGAGAGCUCACCUGAUCAUCCACAAACGAACUCACACAGGUGAGAAACCAUAUGCCUGUCACAUCUGCAACAAACGCUUCGCCCAGUCAUCUCACCUCAAUGGCCACAAACGCAUACACACAGGAGAAAAACCCUACUCCUGUAACAUCUGCAAGAUGGGCUUCUGCCGAAAACAACGUCUUGAACAACACAUUCAACAGCACAUGUUGGAGGAGGGUGGAACAUGGUCAACAACAGAACUGACCAUGGGCACCGGAGUGGUAGAACCUGAGUUGGUUCGGGACUUGGUUGUGGAUGGAGGGGAUCAGACAGAGUUGUCUCCCUUACCCUCAUCAACGCGGAGAAGGAAACCAGCAUUUGUACGGAAGAUGGAACCUGAACUUGAUAUUCAGACGAUGAUCAAGACAGAAGUGGAAGAUCUGGAGACAGAUACAGACAGUCUCAUCGCAAGUCAAUCAGACAAGUGGUUGGAAGGUAAGAUUCCUCUUCAUCCUGUCUCCAAAAGUCCUCUGUCGGAUGGAGGCAACCAGCCAGUAUUCCCAUCAUCCCAAAGAUACAGCAUCAUCCCUAAAACUGAUCAGAACGACUCUGUUGAAAUCGCAUCUGAACAUAAGAUUGUGAAAGGUGCUGACGAUACUGAUAACGUGAGUGUCACAAGCGACAGUAAUCACUCCAGCUCUGACAUCGGAAUUCCUACACAAGCAUUGCGACAGUCCCUUCUUGGACAUUCCCCGUCCCGACAUCUAGGGUCAAGGUCGUAUGGGUCAAGGUUAUCCUCGGGCUUCAACUCUAGUCAUGUUCAGAGUCAGAUUCGGACAAACAAUCGGAUCUCUCUGGUGGACUUCUCGUCGGAAGAUUUGAUACGUCACAUGAUGUCGCGGGAUGAUAUAUUCCGCUGUGACUUCUGUUGUGUGAUAUUCCAGGAUGCGGCAAUGUACCACCUUCAUCGCAGCAUGCACGACAAGAUGGACUGCCGCUGUUGCAAUAUCUGUGGAAAACUGUUGAAGGACAAAUAUGACUUUACUGCACACUUUCUGAGUGAACACAAACUCUAAUAGCUUCACAGUUCUCUUAAGAUUAUCACUGCUUUGUAUUUCUGUGCUCUGUUUAACAUGUACAAGCAUGAUGGAGUAUCCAUGACAUCUGCAGGGAUUUAUCUACUCCUAGUCAGAGGCCAAUAUUGGCCCAAAAUCUCCAGCAAAUGUCUGUGAAAUUUCCAAAAUUAGCAUUCACCAUUUCCCAGUUCAUGCUAAUGCAGUAAAACUAAUUUUAUGGCUUUGUAGGGUUGAUUGUAUUUCACUGAAAUUAUCAGGACCAAUGAAGAGGAAGAGGCUUUUUAAUGCUUAGAUUUGCAUUGUUGCAUUGAAUACAGUAUGAAAGUACAUUGUUGAAAUACCUCAGAAUUAGAAAGAAAUAUAACAAUAAAAUAAAUCCCUAUUUGCCCAAAUGAUCACUUUUUCCCAAUUUGCCUGACAAGGGCACUUAAUUUAGAACCCUAGAUAAAUCCCUGCACCUGACCUGUUUAGUCAUGAAGUGAGUGUUCAAAUAUUCCAGUUUUCUGAAAUUUGAUGAAAGUGUGCAUUUAUUACUUUUAUACCAUGUUUAUACAGACACAGAGUUAGAUAUGGCAAAUAGUCAGCUAGUCCAGAGAGUUGUAGUUAACUUAAAUUACAUUAACCACUGAGGUUGAAAGAGAUUUUAUUUAUGAUGUUCUGCAGGUUGGGAAAGCUCAAAGUUUCAAUUUUAUUUUGAAAAGGAUUUCUUGUAAAAUUUCCUUUCUAUCUAUGUCUUAUAUUUCGAUUAAUUUCGGCGCCGUUAUUCGCUGUGCAGAGUUGCGUCUCUGGACAUGCCAGAAACCUAUGAUUGUGGGUUCGAAUCCCGGUUCGCCCCGAUUAUGUUUCUAGGUUUGUCAGCACCAUACCCGUGCUCGUGGG